AUGGCGGCUGCGGAACCAUCGUCCAUGGAAUCGUUCCAAUCUCCAUCCUUGGCAAAGAAAGUAACCAUGUUCAUUGUGUCUCUAGUAACAUUGUGGAUCUCAUCAAACGCCACCUUACUGCUUCUGAACAAGUUUCUGCCCUCCUCCAAUAAUAAUGACGAAUUAUCCUCCGGUUUGUCGAUGUUCCCAACGAUGCGGAUCACGGCGCCGGCCUGCCAAAUCGCCGCCUACUUCUCCGUUGGGGCGUCCACUCUACACACCGUGAAGUCAACAAUGGUCAGCUUCCUCGUGAUCGUGGUGCUCCUCGGCGCAGACCCCGGGCUGAAUGGUCGGUACCCGGCCGUCGACUGCAUCUGUUUGCUGUUCUCAAGUUUGGCCUUUCUCUUUUUCGUGGUGGAUCUUCUUCAUCAUGUUGCGCCGCAUCAACGCCGCUUUACUCGUUGGGCUAGUAAAAAAAGUGGGAUCAGAUCAUUCAGUUUAAGAGGUGUAAUUGCAAAUUGA